UGUGACUUCUAAUCUAAUUCUUUUUCAUUCAAACUAUGAAUUAGUUCUGCAGUAAUGUUUCAUUAGACUGAUUUAGAACAAUUUUGUAAUACUAUAUAAAAUUUGAUGCAUAAUUAAUUUAGUAUUACUUCUUAGAUAAAACGAAUCAAACGAUAAUAAAUAAUCUAAAUUUGGAAUAUCAAGAAAAAUUAACACAAUGUCUCAAUCUGCCAGAGAAAAAGUAUUUGUUGGUCCAUUUAUUCAUUCUAACGAACAGGGAGAUUUGAUUAUCGUCGACCGUGGUAUGAUACACGUUAAAAACGGCAAAAUCUCUAAUAUAGUAAUAAAUCCGAACUUAGAUGAUAUAAAAAACGAAAAUGUUAGUGUUCUCAGCAAUAGUCAAUUUUUAGUACCAGGAUUUAUUGAUUGUCAUAUUCAUGCUGUUCAACUUCCUAAUUUAGGAGUUGGAUAUGAUAAACAACUUUUAGAAUGGCUGGAGACUUAUACUUUUCCCUUAGAAAAGAAAUAUACAGAUGAAAAAUUUGCUGAAAAAGUAUUUAAUACAGUUGUGAAACAGACUAUAAAGAGUGGUACAACAACAGCAUGUUAUUUUGCAUCUCUCUAUUCAAAAGCAUCUAUAAUCCUUGGACAAGUAGCAGCUAAAAAGGGUCAACGAGCAUUCAUUGGGAAAAUAAGUAUGAAUGUAAAACGUAGUGAUAAUUAUUAUGAAACUACUGAACAAUCUAUAGAAAAUAUAAACAAAUUUAUAGAAGAUUUGGCUAAAUUAAAUAGUCCUCUAAUAAAGCCAAUUAUAACACCAAGAUUUGCCUUAAGCUGUGAUAUGACACUAAUGAAAAAAUUAGGAAAACUAGCAAAAGAAAAAAAUCUUCAUAUACAGACUCAUGUAUCAGAAAAUCAAGAUGAAGUAGAAGCUGUGAAGAAUAACUUUCCUGAAUAUCCUUCUUAUGCAGCUGUAUAUGAUGCAGCUGGACUUCUUACAAAUAAGACAGUGUUAGCUCAUGGGAUAUAUCUUUCAGAUAAUGAACUUGUAUUAUUAAAUGAGCGUGAUACAGCAAUUAUACACUGUCCUUCAUCAAAUACAUGUUUAAAAAGCGGUCUUUGUGAUAUUCAAAGACUGAAAAGCAAACAGAUUAAGAUUGGACUUGGCACUGAUGUAUCAGGUGGACAAAGUUGUAGUAUUUUAGAUGCAAUGAGAUUAGCUUUACAAGUAUCGAUCCAUUUGUCCUUAAUGAAGGAUAAUUAUAAAGCGCUUAAUUAUAAAGAUGUAUUUCAUAUGGCUACUUUAGGAGGUGCAGCAGCCCUUGCGAUAGAUAAUCAAGUAGGGAAUUUCGAAGUCGGUAAAGAAUUUGAUGCUCUUAUUGUGGAUACAGAUGUAAGUGAUGGACUUUUGAAUAAUUUGCAAAGCAGUACCUUGGAAGAACGAUUUCAAAAAUUCAUUUAUUCCGGAGAUGAUCGUAACAUUAUUGAAGUGUAUAUAAGUGGAUGUAAAGUUAAAUAAGAAUAAUUCAUAUUCAUAAUAUUUACAUAUUUCAUGUUUAUUCCAAUAUACAAUAGUUUAUAUAUAAGUUAUAUAUAACGAUGCAAUUAUAAUCAGUGUAAUUAUGUAUUUACAAUAUCUGUAAAGGAAAUUAUUUCUUGAUAAGAUAAUAUAAAAAUAAAUUAUUUGAAUGACUUAAUAAAUGAAAUACCAUGGUAUAUAAAGCUA